ACACUAAACACUGUAACACUUUGACCAUCUCUGUUAGCCGAGUGUCCGGAGCCAACAUGCCCGCCGUCAUGAGCAGAAUCCGGCCGAUAAAGCCAGAGGAAUCCAGGCCGCAGUCUCCUUCCAAAUCCCGCAAGUCGCCCAGGAUGCCCAAAUGUUCCCGCUGCAGGAACCACGGCUUCUUCUCUGCCCUGAAGGGCCACAAGCGCUUCUGCAACUGGAGGGACUGCCAGUGCGCCAAAUGCAACCUGAUUGCCCAAAGACAGCGCGUCAUGGCUGCGCAGGUUGCUCUGAGGAGGCAGCAGGCCCAGGAGGAGGAGCUGGGCAUCAGUGCCCCCGUCAAUCUGUCCGGCCCCGAUGUGAUGGUGAAAAACGAAGCCGCUGCCGACUGCCUCUUCUCUGUGGAGGGCCGAUCCAGUCCAUCCACCAACUUCAGCCACUCAUCCCUCGCUGUGUCAGGAAGUCGCUCUUCAGCGUCCUCCAGUCCCUCCUCUUCCUCUGUUAGGCCUCAUGCUGAGGGAACUUCUGACCUUCUGCUGGAAACCUCCUAUUACAACUUCUACCAGCAGUCACGCUACCCCCCCUACUAUACCAAUCUGUACAACUACCCACAGUACCAGCAGAUGCCCCAUGGGGACGGCCGCCUCCCGAGCCACGGCGUGUCCUCCCAGUACCGGAUGCACUCUUAUUACCCCGGGGCCACCUACCUGACCCAGAAUCUGGGCUCCACCACCUGUGUGCCACCCUUCGUCAGCCUGGAGGAGAACAACAGCUGCUCUGAGACCAUGGCAGGCUCGUUUUCACCCACCAGCUACGACUCGACCAUGACCUGCCGCUCCAUGAGCGCUCUGGUUCUAAACGAUGACAAGGCCGAGUGCGAGGCUGGCGGCCAGGCGGCCAGCUUCACCGUCAACACCAUCAGUGGCGACACCAGCAACUAAAAAACUAGAAGAAGAAGAAGAAGAAGAAUGCCACGAUAAGUUCUCGCCUGAACUGAAAACUGUUCAGCUGUUACAGCAGAUUUUUGUUCCUGAUUUCUGUUCUGCUCUGAGUCUCUGUUCAUAACUGAAGGGAGUUAAUCAUCCAAAAACUGACUUUAUUUUUUUAUGAUUCCUAAUUAGAAAAAAAAAAAUCAAGACUAAAUUAGAUUACACAAAAUAAAAUACAGUACUCUCAAACAUUUACACACUUGUACGUAUUAUUUCAAAACAUUUUACACCUUAAGGUGGAAUAUAUGUGUGCAAUUCAGUUAAAGAACAUUUAUUAUCACAACAGAACAAUUGUAAACAACACUGCAAAAACACAAAAUCUUAAGUAUUUUUGGUCAGUUUCCUAAUGCAAAUGUCUUAUAACAUUUAUAUAGGAGCUUGUUUUUAGUCAAUAGGUCCUUAAUAUUGAUUUUAAAAAAAUAAACAUGUUUCACUGGCAGAUUAUUUGACUUAUAACAUGUAAUAUUUACCAUAUCAUAAGCAAAAUAGCUAGAACUUUUUCAUCAAUAUUAAGGAAUUAUUGACUCAAAACAAGCUCAUAUUUCUUGCUGUAUAGUUACUUAUUAGUUUUGUCUCAUUUUGAGUGCAUUAAAUAUUUGAAUUAGAAGCUAGGCAAAAAUACUUGGUAAGAUUUUGUGUUUUUGCAGUGUAGAUCCAAACAUGGUAAAGACAUGGUUGCAUGUAAACAGCUUUUAUUCCCUGUAAAAGAUUCAUUUCCAGUUUAAUUCUGAGGGUUUAGCGCGUCAUUAUAUUUGGGAAAAGUUAAAGGAUUUAUCUUUUUUUUUGACAGACCUGCGACUUUAUCAGGUGUGUAAACUUUAGGAUCGCUGUAUUGGUCAAGUUUGUAUUUUUUAUAAACUACAUCCUGAAACACUGCAAUCAAGGUUUUAUUUUUUAAAUUAAGUAAUGAAAUUUGGUUAAUUGGACUUAUUGUGUGCAUUAAUUUCACAUUAUACACAAUAUAAAUAAUGCAACUUUUACUUUGGUGUAUUUUUUUUUAAUCCAGUAGGUUAAUUUUCUGUUUAAGGAUUGUUUUUUCUGCUAUGUUGAGCAAUUUUCCCUUUUAUUUUUAUUUUAUAAUAAACAAGAUUUGUAUUAAUCACUCUGAACGGUUUGGAGCGAAGGAGUUUUUUGUUUUGGUUGUAAUUUGCCAAUCAGCCUCUAGAUGCCGCUGGAUCUUACUGUAUUCUCCCUUUCUGACAUAUAUUUUGAUUUUCCCAAAUCAGACACGAUGUUGUUAUUCCAACAGAAUCACAUCAGGUGCAAAUAAAUCUCAUUAAUCUCA